AUGGGCUUCAGGGCGGUGCUGCUGUCCUUCCUCCUGGUGUCCCUGAGCUGGUCCAGAGGAGCCGUCAUCACAGGGGCCUGUGAGAGAGACGUGCAGUGUGGUUUUGGUCUUUGCUGUGCCGUCAGUCUGUGGAUGAGGGGUCUGAGGAUGUGCGUCCCAAGAGGUGUGGAAGGGGAUGAAUGCCACCCCUUUAGCCACAAGGUGCCCUUUCCAGGGAAAAGGCAACAUCACACCUGCCCCUGUCUCCCCCACUUGCUGUGCACCAGGUACGCUGACAGCAGGUAUAGAUGUACUGACGACUUCAAAAACAUGGACUUUUAAAAGACGGCCAAACAUUCAGAUUAAGAGAAGCACAGCAGAAUCAGCAUUUCAGACUGAAGACUUCAACUGGAUGUGGAUCCGAAACACAUAUUUAAUCUUCACUGACUGUAUCCUUCAUUUGUGUACUCUAUGCACUAUAAUACAUAGUUUGGAUUCUAUCAAUCCACACACCAAGGACAGAAAAUAUCAAGACUG